CUCACCUCCCUAUCCUUCCCGUCACACUCGCGUCGCCGUCCCCCGUUUCUCUCUCUCUCUCUUCGCGGAGAAAAAACGAGACCAGCAGCAGGAGAGUGGGGAGAGAGAAAGGAGGAAAAAAAAUUAUCCGAACUCACUCGCUCGCACACAAAUCUCGCGCACGGGUUCGGGGGCCGCCGGCUCGAUCCGCGGCCGAAACCCUAGGUGGUGACGAAGGUGACGGUGGUGCUGGAGGAGGAGAAGGAGGAGGGCUGGGAGGGAUGACGUCGCCGAGGAAGGACGGGGGGUUCCUGACGCAGGACCAGCGGGAGAAGCUGCGGAUCGCGGUGCAGAACGCGGAGACGCAGUCGCUCGCCUCCCCGCGCUCGCCCACGGGAGGGACCACCUCCGCGCUGCUGCAGCAGUACGAGCAGCAGAUGCUGGAGCAGAAGCGCGCCGCCGCCGCCGCAGCAGCGGCUGCCGCGGCUGCUGGUGGUGGCGGGAGGGGCGGCGGAGGAGGAUGUGGGGGUGGGGGUGGUGGGCCCAGGCACGUGCGCCGGUCGCAUUCCGGGAAGACUAUCAAGGUGAAGAAAGAUGGAGCUGGUGGCAAAGGGACUUGGGGCAAACUAAUUGAUACUGAUGCAGAGGCAUGCCUUGACCGAAAUGAUCCAAAUUAUGACAGUGGCGAGGAGCCAUAUGAGUUAGUUGAAGCCCCUGUUUCAACCCCACUAGAAGACUACAAGAAAGCUGUUAUCCCAUUAAUUGAGGAAUAUUUCAGCAAUGGUGAUGUAAAAUUAGCUGCUUCUGAUCUUAAAGAAUUGGGUUAUGAUGAUUUCCACCGUUACUUUGUCAAGAAGCUUGUUUCCACAGCAAUGGACAGGCAUGACAAGGAGAAAGAGAUGGCAUCAGUGCUUCUAUCAUAUCUUUAUGGCAACGUGGUCAGUUCAACUCAAAUCAGACUGGGCUUCGUGCUGCUAUUGGAGGCUGUUGAUGACCUGGCUGUUGACAUACCUGAUGUGGUUGAUGUGCUCGCACUUUUCGUUGCACGUGCAGUUGUUGAUGACAUUCUGCCACCUGCUUUCCUCAGCAAGGCAAAAGUGAGUCUCUCAGGAUCGUCAAAGGGUAUGCAGGUUGUACAAAUUGCAGAGAAAAGCUAUCUUUCAGCACCCCACCAUGCAGAGUUAAUUGAGCGACGAUGGGGUGGUUCAACUCACAUCACAGUAGAAGAGGUGAAGAAGAGGAUUGCUGAUCUUCUAAAGGAAUACAUCAGAAAUGGUGAUACAGCUGAGGCUUGUAGGUGCAUUAGGGAGCUGGCAGUGCCCUUUUUUCAUCAUGAGGUGGUGAAGCGAGCUCUUACUCUUGGAAUGGAGAGUCCAGCUGCUGAAGCACUUAUUGCCAAACUUCUGAAGGAGGCAUCUGAAGAAUGUUUAAUAAGCUCUAGUCAGAUGAUGAAAGGAUUCUAUCGGGUUGCUGAGAGUCUUGAUGAUCUCAUUCUUGAUAUACCGUCUGCAAAGUCUGAAUUCCAGCUGUUGGUAUCAAAAGCCAUUUCUGAGGGAUGGCUAGAUUCUUCAUAUGUGAAGUCAGGUGUCAACGGAAGCGUUGAAGAUGAUGAACAUGAGAAGCUGGCAAGGUACAAGAGGGAGGCUGUAUCUAUAAUACACGAAUACUUUCUAUCUGAUGAUACAACAGAGGUUAUUCGUAGUGUCAAAGAGCUCGGUUAUCCAGAAUAUAAUCCAAUCUUCAUCAAGAAGCUCAUAACAACUGCUAUGGACCGCAAGAACAGGGAGAAAGAGAUGACAUCAGUUCUUCUAUCCUCAUUAAGCAUGGAGCUGUUCUCGUCUGAAGACAUCGCCAAGGGAUUCAUAAUGCUCCUUGAAUCUGCAGAAGACACUGCACUUGAUAUAUUGGAUGCCUCAGAUGAGUUGGGACUGUUCCUAGCCAGGGCUGUGAUUGAUGAUGUUCUUGCACCUCUAAACUUGGAUGAGAUUAGCAGCAAGCUUCCACCAAACUGCAGCGGGGCUGAAACAUUGAACAUGGCACGCUCCCUUGUGUCUGCCCGGCAUGCUGGUGAGAGGCUUCUGAGGUGCUGGGGUGGUGGAACCGGAUGGGCUGUGGAGGAUGCAAAGGACAAGAUAACAAAGCUCCUGGAAGAGUAUGAGAGUGGAGGUGAUUUAGGAGAAGCAUGCAACUGUAUCCGUGAACUGGGUAUGUCUUUCUUCAACCAUGAAGUUGUCAAGAAGGCGCUCGUGAUGGCAAUGGAGAAGAAGAAUGAGAGGACCCUGAGCCUGCUGCAGGAGUGCUUUGGUGAAGGGAUCAUAACCAUCAACCAGAUGACCAAGGGGUUCUCAAGGGUCAGGGAUGGACUCGACGACCUGGCUCUGGACAUUCCUGAUGCCAGGGAGAAGUUCAUUUCCUAUGUGGAGCACGCAAAGAAGAGUGGAUGGCUCCUGCCCGGGUUUGGUGUUGCAUCUUCAGUUUGAACAGCUGGUCAGAGAAGUACGAAGCUGAAGCAGAAGGCAGGCGUAGGCCGUAAAAUGUGGCUCAGCAAACCCAGUUUGGCUGUGUUUUCAUCGUUUGUCGUUGCUCUUGCGCAUAGGUAGCGGAGCGAGCCCCUCCUGGUUGCGGUGGUGGUGGCUUGUGUGUCUAGAUCUUGCAUCUGAUGACAUGCUCAUGCUGUUCUUGUUUCAUUUCAUUUUAACUCCCCAUAGACCCUUUUUACAUCAAGCGAAAACAGAGAAGAGAAAAAAAAAGACCAUGUUGUAAAAGAUCUGGCGCCAUGCUCCGCCUGCAUUAUGGCUGUUUCUUUCUUAUUUAGCUGCAAUGGUGCUUUCCUGCC